AUGAACCCAGCCUUCCCCUCCGCUGCAGAUGAUCCACUUCUAGUGAGUGCCGAAGACACAGACGCAGACGUCAUUGACACACCUCCCACCUACGAUUCUCAAAAACGUGUCAAGCAAGUCGAACUCCUCGAGAACCUCCUCCGCUCCUUUGAUGCGCUCAUCUAUAUCGAGCUGAGCGCGCUCUACUAUCUCGACUGCGCCUUUGGACUUCUCAUUCUACACACCAUAGUGCAACUAUUCUUCUUGACAGAAAGACCACCCGGCCUACCCGCUCCGCCGACCCGAUCUGCUCUGGGCGCCGUCAUAGGGAGUAAUCUUCUCUGCACACUUUUACAUCUUCUGAACGCAAGGCCAGAGGCUGGCGAAGCGAGUCACUUUUAUCUUCAUGGCAGCAUAAUAAUUGAUUUCGUGGGGCAGCUUGGCCCAACCUCGAAAUGGAGGCUUCUUUGCAUGGAUACACUGGUACUGGCGUUACAGAUUGGGCAACUGGCUAUGGGGAUUGAGAAGAGAAGGGUUCAAGUAGCGGAGAAGCGAACACCGGGCUCUACUCAAGACUUGGAUGCCGAGGAAGCAGGAAUUAUACGCUCCGAGAGCUCGCGGAAUGAGCCUCACGAGCGCCUUGAGGGUAUGGAGUUGCAGGAAUUGCUUGGGACGGCGCAAACGGAGCACGAGGCGGGAAGUGAUCAAUCGAGCUUGCAUGUCUUGGACGAGUUUUAUACUGGAAACACUAUUUUGACGAGGCUGAAUGUAGUGGAUACGAUCAGCAGUGAGCUUAGGGGUGCUACUACUGCAACUGAUCCUGCAGGCGGUGCUCUGUCUCUGCCUGGGCUCCUGGUACGCUGGAGGGAACACACGCUCAAAUUGGCUGGUGGUGGCAGAUCAGAGUCUGAUGGCUCAAGGUCGACAUCUGGUCCAGCAAUCACUGCACAAGCUCGGCGCCUUCUCAUCAACACAGCGUCAACAAAGCUCAGUCGGUUAGAGCUUACCCUAAACAAGGUAAAUCGGACCACUCUGGUUGGAGAACUAGAGGGCUUCCGAACACCUCAGCAUAACAUUGACUGGGUUAUUGACAUGAUAAAACGUCCUGGAGAUCCGCCAACCAACACCCGGAUGGAAAAAAUCGCAUACCUCUGUGAGGGUUCUUCAAAGCUCCGAUACCAGCUUUUACAGAUUCGUGAGACGAUACUACGACCAAAGGACGCCUCAGACAUCAAAUCGAGAAAGAUCCUGGGAGUCGAAGAUUGCCCAUAUGUCGGCUGGUCUUGUGAACUUGUUCUCCAAGCCCUAUAUAUAAAUGCAAGAGUCGUGCAUGCUGGCCUGCCGCUUGAGGACCACAACAGUCUCAUCCGAGAGUUCAAUGAUCGCAACAGUAAACUCGAUUUUCUCUACAUCAUGUACAAUGUCUCGGGGCAGGGCCUUAACCUAGACAAAGUUUGCGCCAAAGUACUGGUACUAUGUGCCGCAAUCAAUGCUGCGUUGAUGAUUCAGGCUUGGGGCAGAACUAUUCGUGUGACACAACAAUAUCCGGUCAAAAUCAUCCGGUUGACAAUCUUGAACUCCCAUGACCAAUACCGAGACUCUCGACAACUAAGAAGCUUGUUGGUAACACUUCUAAAUGAGGCCAAUGAGGAAGUGAGAAAAGCGCAUGCCAGCAAGGAAGGCAGCAAGCUUUUGAAAGGUCGAGACGUGCUGCCACCCGAGAAUGCAGCGGAUGAUGUCAACAGAUAUGAGCUUGACAGUCAUGGCAAUAUUCUCUCGGGAACUGUACAAGAUAAGCUUGACUUGGAUAUCGAAAUGGCAGAUGCCCUUCCCAGCAGGCAACGGCGAACUCGGAAAGCUGUCGAGAGAUUUGUCAUUGAGCCGGAGAAUAGGCGUAAGAGCAUGAAGAAAUCGUCUAAGAAAAGCAAGAGACGUGUUAGCAGAACAGACGAUGACAAUUUUGAAGAAGAGGAAGAGUAUGACGACGAGGAUGAGGAUGAGCUCUCAGAGUAUGAGGAUGAUGGUGUUGAGGACGAUUAUAGCGGUACGGACUCGGACCAGUCCAAGGCCGAGCAUAACGAUGAGCUCCUAGAUCUUGGCGAGCAAACCGACGAGGUCGAAGCCUUCUCUCGGUCUAUCCUUGCUGACGGAAAAAAAAGAUAUACACUGCAAUGGACUGGUAUGAGAAAGAAAAGUUUGACCAAGAUCUGA